AGACUGAUAAUGGGACAAAGAAAACGCCAGCCAGAAUGGUUGCGUGGACAUGCGAUCGGAUGCGCUGUUUUUGUGGUUUUGUGGAGCGCUGCCUCGGCGCAACUCAGAUACACAAUCACCGAAGAAGUCGCUCAAGGUACUGUUGUUGGAAACAUAGCGAAAGACCUUGGAUUAGAUAAAAGCACAUUGAAGGACAGGAAAUAUCGCAUUGUUACUACUGAUGCAGAUCCUCUGUUUACUCUAAACCACGACGGCAUACUUUAUGUGAGUCGAAAGAUUGACCGAGAAGAGAUGUGCGCACAAACCAGUUCAUGUGUCAUGAAUCUGAAAACUGUGCUGGAAACCCCUCUAGAGGUUCACUACAUUAGAGUGGAAGUGCUGGACGUAAACGACCACUCUCCGUUUUUCCAGGAAGAAAAAACAACUCUUGAUAUUUCUGAGUCUGUGAUACCCGGAGCCCGAUUUCAAUUAAAGCCAUCACGAGAUGCAGACAGCGGUCAAUUUUCAGUGCAGCAAUAUAAACUGACCCAAAACGAUUAUUUUCGUUUAGAGGUUAAAGAUAAAGGUGAAGAUGGUAAAAUACCGAUAUUGAUAGUUCAAAAAACAUUAGACAGGGAGCUUAUAGAGAGUCAUUCAUUAAUACUGACGGCCUUGGACGGUGGCAAACCCCCAAAAUCAGGAAACAUGAACAUUUUAGUAAAUGUUUUAGAUGUUAACGAUAAUGCUCCAAUUUUCACAAAAGAUGUUUAUUCGGUGACGCUUCAAGAAAAUGCUCCCGUAGACACGAUAGUAAUUCGAGUAAAUGCAACAGAUUUAGAUGACGGUCCGAACGGAGAUGUAGUGUAUUCAUUCAGUAAAAGUAUGAAUCCAAAUAUAUGGAAUUUGUUUGAUAUCAAUUCACUGUCUGGUGAAAUAUCUGUAAGAGGUUUGAUAGACUAUGAAAAAAAAGAUAGGUAUGAAAUAGAGAUUCAAGCGUCAGAUAAAGGUCCGGUCCCUCUUACAACAGAGAAAAGCGUGAUUAUUAAGAUAAAUGAUGUGAAUGAUAAUGCACCUGAGAUAGAAAUUACCUCAUUUUCCAGUUCAAUUCCUGAAGAUUCCAGAGUUGGGACGACAGUUGCUUUAAUCAGCGUCAAUGAUUUAGACUCUGGACUUAACGGAAAAAUUAUUUGCUCAGUAGGUGACGAUGUUCCUUUUACGUUAUCGCCAUCGCUGCAAGAAAACAUGUUUUCACUAGUAACCAAAUCAUCACUGGACAGGGAGAAGCAGUCAGAAUAUCAUCUGACAAUUACUGCUAAAGACAAUGGUCAACCUCAAUUGUCCUCUGAGAAGUCAGUAACUGUCUUAGUGUCAGAUGUGAAUGACAACUGCCCAGAGUUUUCUCUAAGCCCAUAUACUUUUUAUGUCUAUGAGGUAAAUGAGCCAGGAAUUUCUGUAUUUUCAGUUAAAGCUUCUGAUCACGAUGAAAACAAUAAUGCCCUUAUAAACUAUCAUAUCUUAAGAAGUGGGAACGAAGAAAAUAAAAUAGCGUCAUUCCUUAGCAUAAACUCUGAAACAGGAGAUAUUGUAGCACUGAAAAGUUUCGACUUUGAAACUCUGAAAACUUUCCAGUUCCAAGUUGUAGCCACAGAUUCUGGAACUCCGUCACUCAGCAACAACGUGACAGUCAACGUGUUCAUUCUGGAUCAGAACGACAACGCUCCAGUCAUCCUGUAUCCACUCAGCUCCAACGGCUCUGCUGAAGGUGUGGAGGAGAUUCCCCGCAACGUCAACGCAGGACACCUGGUGACUAAAGUCAGAGCCUAUGACGCUGAUAUAGGAUAUAACGGCUGGCUGUUGUUCUCACUGCAGGAAGUCACUGACCACAGUCUGUUUGGUUUGGACCGCUACACAGGACAGAUCAGGACACUUCGUUCAUUCACAGAGACAGACGAGGCUGAACAUAAACUGGUCGUACUGGUCAAGGACAACGGGAAUGUUUCAUUGUCAGCAACAGCCACUGUGAUUGUCAAACUUGUGGAGCCUAAAGAAGCUUUUGCAGCUUCUGAUGUGAAAAGUGCGGCGACGAUGGAUGAUGACGACAACGUUACAUUUUACUUGAUGAUAACUCUGGGAGCUGUUUCUCUACUCUUCAUCAUCAGUAUUAUUGUUCUUAUUGCAAUGCAGUGCUCAAAAUCCACAGACUAUACAUCUAAAUAUUUACAAGAGACCAAUUAUGAUGGGACACUGUGUCACAGCAUUCAGUACAGAUCUGGAGAAAAAAGAUACAUGUUGGUUGGACCCAGAAUGAGUAUUGGAUCUACAAUUGUUCCUGGCAGUCAUGCAAAUACUCUAGUGCUCCCUGACAGAAGGAGGGCAUCUGAGGAGGUAAAGUAUAUUCAAAUAAUUGUUUGUACAUUCUGCUCUAGAUGCUGA